AUGGCUGGAGGGGUGCAGAUGGGUCCCUGCCAGGUCAUCGCGGGGAGCCAAUGUGGAUUCCUGUUGGCGGAUGGGGCGUCUGUUCUGGAUUCCCUGAGCGAGGUGCAGGAGCCUAUCGACGUUAAGUGGGCAUUUUGCUUACUUGUUCCUCCUCGUGUGAGCAAAUGGCGGACUUUCAAGUGGAGGAAGAAGAAAAAAGACUUGCUGCCAGGUGGACUUGGGUAG